AUGAGUUUGUAUUUAGCUGCAGAUCGGUUUCAAAAUCAACAAAUUAGCAGCGGUUUACAGUCACUCACCACCGAACAAUUCAAAUGCAUGAAAUCACAUGGAUAUUCUUUCUUCAUCGGUCGAGUCCACGAAUCAAACGGUGCUGUUGACAGCCACGGAAUACAGAAUCUCAAAAAUGCAAAGGCUGGUGAGUUGCUUGGAACUUGCUAUUUGACUUACUUUGAUCCAUAUGACGCAAAAACUGUACAAUCAAAUUAUUUUCUUACAGCUGGUAUCACUAAUGUUGACGGAUACAUUUUCCCAUGCACAACCUCAUCUUGUGCUUCUCCUGCUUCGCAGGUGCAAAGUACUGUGAAUGCUCUGAAAAGUGCUGGAGCCAGUGUAGGUAUGCUUUGGCUUGACAUCGAGAUUUAUCACUGGCCAGCCGAUCACACUAAGAACCGUCAAUUCAUUGAAGCCAUGGGUAAAGAAUUAACGGCUCUUGGACACAAUUGGGGCGUAUACAGUAGCUACAACAACUGGCAAUCUAUUGUGGGACUGGACUACACCGGAAUGUCUCAUAAACAGCUUUGGUGGGCCACUUACAACAACGAAGCGGUGAGUGACAUCAGC